GAAACGGCUCUAGUUAAACAAAUAAUUCGAGACCUCCACAGACAAAAGCAAUGGGGCUAUAGAUGUUGAAGCGUCAGAGACGGGUAUUAAAACGAGUGAGAACAAAAUACAAACUUCAUGGCGUUGCUACAUUUGAGUGACAAUCAAUAAAGAACCGAGUUAGGCUACAUGUAUUUACGAUUGAAUGCGCACAUUUAGCUAAACCGAUUCGUGGAUUUACGUUUAUUAUGCUAACUGGAAAAUGCUGUUUUGGUUAGCAGUUAUGUACAUUUUGAAUUAAAUGUCUUGUUUCAAAUAGCCGCCUGUCCCAUUUUGAUAGCCAGGCAUCGGCACACAUUUCAGCAAAUAAACGCCUGUUUCAAAUAAACUCUCCAUCUAAAUUAAUUUACGAGGUUACCAUGUGAUGUGAUAUACUUAAAAAAAAAAAAAUCUGUCAUGUUGCUUGCCAUGGCCCUACCAAGAAGAAAAUACAUCAAAUUCAAGCUAGCAGUUAUUAAAUUCACAGAGCAAAAUUCGGGCGAGGCAACAGCCAGGCAUUUUGGAAUUUAUCCAAAACGAGUGAGAGAAUGGCGAAGUCAAAAAGUCCAACUUCAACGUUUGUCUGAGGUGGAUCAGAAGAGGGGGAGGAAAAAGGUUAGCGAGUAGCUGGAUGGAGGCCAGUCUUUGCACGUCUGAGGCGUAUUCAUUAUGCCAAUUCUGUUGCAAAACGGAACGAAACUGGGCGGGACCUGCUGGAUUUUGUCCAAUAGAAACUCGUUUUAGUUCCAACAAAGGUUCCGUUUAGCAACUGCUGGACUAAUGAUUACACCCCUGAUCUGAUACGGAUUCAUGUUUAUACUGGUGUGAUAGUCGUUAAAAAAUGUAUUGAUCAAAAUAUGUGUACAUUAAGGAAAUAGACACUUGGCUCCAAUAGAGGCCAGUCUCUAAUAAGCGCCGGUUGUGUUGCUUUAUCGUUUGAUGUUAUGGGGUGCAUUCAUUAGUCGCAGACCAUUGCAAAACGUUUCGCAACGAAACCCGUUCUGCGUUAACUCUAGGAAGCAAACGUAAGGAAACGUGAAGUGAUCUACCUUAAAUAGUUUUUCCUUGUAACGUGUUUUCCUUUUGAAGUAAAUGGUUUUCGUUGCGUAACGUAACAGGCCAACACGCCUUUGAUGCGAUGCGAUGAAAUAAAACGUUUUUAUUAGCAGUAUUAUCAAACUUGUAGUUUGCUAAUUUGGCUAGUCCAGCAUAGAUCUGAAGGAAAAGGCUUUGACUGUAGAGAGCAUAGAGCAUAAAUAGGAAGAGAUGCGCUAAAAGUAGCACGGUUUGAAAUAUUUCACCAGAAAGGGUGUUGAUACAUGGUACAUGUCGGCUAUGCAAAGCAGUACUCAAAUACAACAACGGCAGAACUGACAGCAUGUUAAACCACAUCAAAUACAAGCACCCAGCCAUCACAGUGCCAGCUCUAGAUGGUAAAUCAGAAACGACAACCAGGACAUUAAAGUUAAAAAGAGAAGCUGCAAUAAAGGCAGAGAAGAUCAUGUCUAAGAGCACAUACGAAGAAGAGGAAGAUGAGGAGGAGGAUGAGCAUCUCCCCAAGACUGGGAUGUCAAAGCAAGAUCCCAAUACUUCAGAGGUAGCCAUGACAGAAGAUGGGACUGCAGAGCAGUUUGAGUUUCAGUAUGGACUGGAGGGACCAACAUUUAAGAAUGAGAAUGGGGAGUGUUCCAAGAGCCAUCUGUCCAUCAUCAAAGUGGAACAACUGGACCCCCUUCUCCCUGAACAAAACAACUCCAGCUGUGGUUCUGGGUCACCUGGGCCUCCUGGCUCGUCUGGGUUUGGGUCCAGUAUGAGUCCAGCUGCACAGUUCUUCAGGAAGUGCCACCAGGCAGGCUGCACACAGUUCAUCUUCUCUGAGUUUGCCUCCCGCCUCAACACUAUCACUGAGAGGAUUUCAUCCCAGCAGGCCAGCGAAGAAGAUUUCAACCUCACCCUGAAAGUGCUGGAGGCCUCUGGGAUGCUGCCAGAGAUCUUUGCAAAGAGAGACCAAGAAAUGGAGAAGAGACUGAAGGAUCUGCAGAGAGAGACUGAAGCGGUGAGGACUGCCAGGUCUGCCAUGAGAGAUGCCUGUGUCAUGAGCUUCACCCCAUCAUGACGGAUCACUGCUGAAGAUAAAAAGCGGUUUUAUAAGACGUUAUAACUAGGGCCUGGAGUUUUCCCUGACCGGACUAGGAAUGUAUAGGACCUGAAGUUUUCCUGGUCCGAUCAUGUGGACAGGAAAAACCUCACACCCCAGUUUUAGUAGAAUGUAAAUAUUUGAAACCUUUUUAUAUUUGCCAUAUUUUUCUAUCUUUGUGUUCAAACAUUUUAACUCUGAUAUUUGAAAACAGUUUGUUGUACCCUGGCUACUGAGAUGGGUGAUAUAUUAUACUUGAAGUGAGCAAUAGGCGAUAUAAUCUUGUGACAUACAUUGGUUCUGGGUUCCAAGGUUAUUGGCGUUGUAUUGAUAUUAGUAGGUGAUCUUUUGUGUCCAUCUGUGCUAUGUACUUUGUGCUUACUAACCCUUCACAGGUUAAAUAUGUCCUUAUACAGUAUGUGUGAACCAGUAUCUACAUUUAUCGAUGGAUGGGUACUACAUUUACUGUAAGACCAAUUCAUUUGGAAUACACUGUAAUAUAGCAUACUUGAGGAAAGUUGAACGCAUUAAACUUCUUAUGUAAAUGA